AUGGGAAGAGUGCGUCAUUUCGUGGGCGUCGAGAGCUCGGAACAGCUGGCCUUCAUCGAUGAGCUUCAAGCGCUUGGGCUGAGUAGCACUAUCAAUCUGCCGGAGCUGGUGGUGGUUGGCGACCAAAGCACGGGGAAGAGCUCCGUGCUUCAGGCCAUCACCGAAGUCUCUUUCCCUGUCAAGGCCGGAACGUGCACUCGUUUUCCAACGCAGAUCUCUUUUCGACAAACCUCUGUGGCCAAGGAGUUCCCGAUCAAGGCCACGAUUGUGCCAGGACGGCAGUCGGAGGGUGACGAGGCGCUGCUCGCUCGCAUCAAGGAGUUUGCGGUCGAGAAGAAAGCGCUGAAUCCGGAAGACAUGAGUGAGAUUAUUGAAAAGGCGACGGAGUGCAUUUUUCGCGACCACCGCGGCAAGAACUUGAGUCUGAGCGAUGCCACCCUGCGCAUUGAGAGAUCGGGUCCGGACGAGAUGCACUGGACCAUUGUUGAUCUCCCGGGACUUAUACGGAAGGAUAACAAGAAGACAGGCGCAAAGGAGAAUAGAGUCGAUAGGAUUCAAGGAGAGACCGAGGAUGAAAAGCGGAUGAAUGCUGCGGUCGCGUGGGAGCUGGCUCGGACCUACCUUGAAAACGAACGGAAUAUUGUAUUAAUUGUUAUGGACAACGUCGAUGUCGAGCGACAUCGGGUGUGGGAGGUGAUGGAAGAUCUCCCGGGGCUGGAACGACGCUGUAUCGGCGUGCUGACGAAAUGCGACCGCAAACAAGAAGGAUCUGAUAAUUGGAUGAUUCAACUUUUGCAGAAUGGUUUGUCGACAGUCCCUCAUCUGGACCACGGGUGGUUCGGACUGCGAAACCGAGUCCCCGUCGAAGCGCACAUCACCGACGCGGAGCGAGACGAGCGGGAAAGAACCGAGUUUGCAAAGAAAGACUGGGAAACCGUGGCCAAGGACCGGACCGGUAUCCAAGCCCUCAUGCAGUAUGUCGACAGGGAGCGACGGGCUCAGAUCCAGGCCGGGAUCCCCCAAAUUGUGGCGGAGAUCCGACAGAAGCUGCGCGAGUGCGAGUCAGACCUCAAACGCAUGGGCGACGCACGCGACGAGCCCAAAGCCCAGCGCUACUUUGUCUUUCAGUUCUGCAACGAUAUGCAGCGGAUGGCCGAGGCGACGCUGCGAGGCCAGUAUCAAGACGUGCCGUCUCAAGACCCCCGGAUCAUGUUGCGGUAUGAGGUGCAACGCCGUCUCGACCUGUUCUACAAGGAAAUGUCCGACAUAGAGAACAUGCCAUUGCAUUUCUCCGAUUUCGACAAAGACCUGGCUGUCCUGAACUCGACGAGUUCGGACCCUGAGGUCUGGGAGGACAUAGUUCGUAAAACCCCGGGUCUGUACGCGGAGAUCUACAAAGAGGCGAAGAUCAGUGAAGGCCGCAGUCUGCCCGGCGCGGUGCAUCCGGAUGUAGAGGAAAAGAUCUUUCGGAGGCAGUCGACGCACUGGGAAGGGAUUGCCCGACAGUUUGUCGACGAUGUAAAGCAACUCGUGCAGGCCUGUCAUGAGGUACUUUUCCGCAUUGCCAUCCCAAACAGCAAGGUGCGCUUGGAGGUGAGCCGCUUACUGGGGAAGACUAUGGACGAGUGGCACAAGCACAUCGACACAGCCCUUGGGGAGCUGUUGGAAGACAACCGAGCGAGGCCGUUGGUGACUCGCAACCCGCAGUUGCUGUUGGACACGAUCUCUGCGGAUCAAAGUCGAGGGAGGAUCCUUCUAGGUCAAAAGGCGAAAGCCGCAUCAGAGGAUCGAAGAGCCAAUGGCACUGACGACGCGCAGACAGACCGUCCACAGUUUAUAUCGACCAUACUGAGCCAGGUGCUUUUCGUGCGUGCAAGACUUCAGUCCUACUACAUGAUCGCCUUGUAUCGUUUUAUCGAUAAUGUGGCCAUGCAGGUAAUCGAACGGCAUGUCUUGGGUCCGAAAUGUCCGGUGCUGGCGGUGUCAGUCGAGACAUUUGCUAAGCUGGACGAUGAUGAGCUAAAUGCUAUCGCCGGGGAAGACGAGUCUGACGCUCGCAUGAGGGCCAGGCUGGAAAGACUGCGCUCUCGCUAUACCGAAGCUCUUCGGAGAUGGGAGAGGUUGAGAAUUCUGUAGAGAGCCUUGCACUGUGAAUUUCUAAGUCUUUGCUUGUGCUUACAAAUGGUACGAACUCUUGUCUGAUGCAGAACGAUCGCAGUGUAUAAUUCUUGGCUUCAUAGUAUCGAUAGCUGCCAAUAUCCGGAGGCCUUCACUAACAUGUGCCAACACUAACUCUGGCCAUAUAUCAAGAACAAUAUGCCAAGUUUCAAUCACCCUGAUUUGC